CUACAUAACCUUAAACAUAGCGAAGAGGUGCAUAUUGCAUAUUGUAUUCGUACACAUCUUGCACACCUAGCGGACAGGACGAGACAGAGAAAGAGAGAGUGUGCUUGUGGGCAAGCUCUGAGAUUUGAGACUUGCAGAAAGAGCACGCACGAUGGCAACAGAACGCAAGCUCCCGCGCGUCGCGAUAACGUACUGCACGCAGUGCAAGUGGAUGCUGCGGGCGGGCUAUUUUGGUCAAGAACUGCUCUCUACGUUCGGCACUGCGCUGGGCGAAGUCGCGCUGCAGCCGGCUACUGGGGGGGUUUUUAGGGUCGAGCUGACACACAUCCCCGCGAACGUCACGUCCGCGCCCGCCGACGCGUCCACCCAGCCCCAGACGACACUGCUCUGGGACCGCAAGGCCGAGGGCGGCUUUCCUGAAACCAAACUCCUGAAACAGCGCGUGCGGGACCAGCUCGAGCCGGCGCGGGACCUAGGGCACUCGGAUGUAGGCGGGAAGAAAGGGAAGGAUGAGCGCGUUGCUGCUAGGGAGGCUGCGGCGGCUGCUGCUGCUGCUGAGGUGGCGAAGAAAGAAGGAGGAAGUGAAGAGGAAUGCGGAUGGGAGUGUUUGUGAGGACUGUCGGUAGAGUGUGUGAUGGAUGUGGUGGGUGUGGUGGUUGGUGGGUACGGUGGCGAUGCUACUAGCUGGGUGUUUGGUAGUGAGAUGAGGGAAUGGAAGCAUGGA